AUGAGAGAGCUGUUGGUUCUUGAUAAUGGUGUCUUGUGUUUCUUCAUGGUUAUGGGGUUUCUAUGUAUCGGUGCUCAUGGCCAAAGGAUCCCAGUAUUCCCCGUAAGGAGAAACGUCUCUGCAUUGUACGUACUGGGGGAUUCUUCUGUCGAUUGCGGGAGCAACACUCUCUUCUACUCUCGCCUUCAUCGAAAUCUCUCCUUAUUUCCUUGCAAUGGCGCUGAUGGCAAUCUUCUUCCCCAUCUUCUUGCUGAGAAGAUGGGCUUGCCAUAUGCCUUGUCAUUUUACACUCAAAACGGCUCCAUUGGAGAUCUGAUGACAGGACUCAAUUUUGGCUCUGCACAAGCCACAAUAAUGAACCCCAGCAGCCAAGGCUACCAGUCCCUUAACCAACAGCUUCGCCAAGUUUUCGAGAUGAUGGAGCUCUUGCAGCUUCAGCUCAGCCCGAACAUGGCACUUCGGUUUAUUCGAUCCUCCGUUUAUUACCUCUCUUUUGGCAAAGAUGACUACAUCAACUUCUACCUGAGUAAUAGUAAUAGUGGUUCCUCUGGUGGAGCACCAAAAUAUAGUAGCCAUGAGUUUGCACACAUUUUGGUAUCUGAAAUGAUCAAUGUUGUGAGGAGCCUUCAUGAUAUGAAAAUUAGGAAGAUCAUAUGCCAGGGAAUAUUGCCUCUGGGGUGCACUCCGCGAAUGGCGUUUGAAUCAUUUGACUUUGAAGCUAGUGAACACAGUAGAAGAGGAUGUUGGGAGAAGGUUAAUAGAAUGGUUCUAGAGUUCAAUAUAAUGUUGGAGGAGAAAAUUAUAGAGCUUAAUGAAGAAAUGCCUGAUGCCCAUAUACUCUUCUGUGAUGUUUAUCAAGGGAUCAAAGAGAUCAUAACUAAACCAGAGCGCUAUGGAUUUGAUGAUGUGAAGAGUGCGUGUUGUGGGCUGGGGUUGUACGGUGCAUCCAUUGGGUGCCUAUCCAUGGAGAUGGCUUGCAACAACACCAGAAGUCAUGUGUGGUGGGACCUAUACAACCCCACCAAAGCAGUCAACUCCUUGUUGGCAGAUUCUGCUUGGUCUGGCCACCCCUUUUCUGGCCUCUGCCGCCCUAUGAGUAUCCAAGAUUUGCACACCUGA